AUGGAAACAACAAUGGACCUGCGCGAAUCGAUCAGCAACCAAACCGAUGUUGCCCUGAGCAUGACAAAGCUGCUGUUGUCCAAGGAAGCUCGGGACAAGAAUCUCGUGUAUUCGCCGCUGUCGUUGCACGUUGUUCUCAGCAUCAUUGCUGCUGGCUCCAAGGGUCCCGCACUUGAUCAGCUUCUCUCCUUCCUCCGAUCCAAGUCCACCCACCAUCUCAACUCCUUCGCCUCUCAGCUCGUCACGGUUGUACUUGCCGACGCCGCUCCUUCCGGCGGCCCUCGUCUGUCCUUCGCGGACGGCGUCUGGGUUGAGCAAUCCCUUUCUCUUCUCCCUUCCUUUAAACAACUUGUCAAUACUGAUUACAAGGCCACUUUGGCUUCAGUUGAUUUCCAGACCAAGGCUGUUGAAGUGGCCAAUGAAGUUAAUUCUUGGGCCGAGAAGGAGACAAAUGGCCUUGUAAAAGAACUUCUCCCUGCUGGAUCUGUUGACAGUACAACCAGACUAAUCUUUGCAAAUGCACUGUAUUUCAAAGGAGCGUGGAGUGAGAAGUUUGAUGCUUCACUAACAAAAGACUAUGAUUUCCACCUUCUUGAUGGCAGUUCAGUCAAGGUUCCCUUCAUGACUAGCAAGAAGAAACAGUUUAUUAAGCCUUUGGAUGGUUUCAAAGUCCUUGGUCUUCCCUACAAGCAAGGAGAAGAUAAACGUCAAUUCACCAUGUACUUUUUCCUUCCAGAUGCAAAAGAUGGGCUGCCAGCUUUGGCUGAGAAGUUGGCUUCUGAAUCUGGGUUCUUGAAAAGCAAGCUUCCUAAUCAAAAAAUGGAAGUAGGGGAUUUCAGGAUCCCAAGAUUCAAAAUUUCUUUUGGGUUCGAAGCCUCUGAUGUGCUGAAGGAGCUGGGAGUGGUUUUGCCUUUCACAGUUGGAGGUUUGACAGAAAUGGUGGAGUCUCCUGUGGGUCAAAACCUGUGUGUUUCUGAUAUAUUUCACAAGUCUUUUAUUGAAGUAAACGAAGAAGGCACUGAAGCUGCAGCGGCUACUGCUGCAACUAUACUACUGAGGAGUAUACAGUUUCAGUCUAAAAUAGACUUUGUAGCUGACCACCCUUUCUUGUUCCUCAUCAGAGAAGAUUUAACUGGAACAGUACUCUUUAUGGGCCAGGUGCUAGAUCCUCGUGCAGGAUGA